AUUUGAAACUUCUAUCGAACCCGUUGACCAUUCCCUUCCAGAAGAAAAAAGAGAAAAGAGAAAAGACAGAAACAGGUCGUCUUAUCACUCGCAGCGUAGAAAGCGAGAUAGAUCGUGAUAUAUAUAAAAAAAAUGGCGUCAACAUUGGAUCGAGGCUCACAACUUGAUAGGAUUGCGCCGAAAGAUGGCCUUGACAUCUCAUUCGAGCAGAUGAAGACUUCUGGUUUCGAGAGCAUCAAUCGAGAAUUGGCAGACCAGACAAACAAUAGUAACUUCGACAAGCUGGAAAAUAUCGAAAAUGUUUGCAGCACAGAGGAAUCAUCAGCAACACGACCAGAUCUAAACAUUGUUGAUUGGGCACCAGACGAUCUACAGAACCCGAAAAAUUGGCCUCUAAGAAGAAAAUGGAUUAUAAUAUUCGUCGUGUCUGCCAAUACUUUGAUGACCGCCUUGGGGUCAACCAUACCUACGCCGGGCGUGCCACAAUUGAUGGAAGAGUUCCAUUCCGAGAAUGACCUCUUAGAAUCAUUUGUGAUUUCCAUUUAUGUACUGGGGUUCGCAUUUGGUCCACUGAUCAUUGCACCGCUAUCAGAAACGUAUGGCCGAUGGCCGGUUUAUCUCGCGUGCAAUACGUGUUUCCUCUUCUGGUGCAUCGCCAGUGCUCUUGCUCCAAACAUGGCCUCGCUCGUUAUCUUUCGCUUUCUUGCUGGCGGCUUUGGUGUCGCGCCGUUUACGCUAGGAGGUGGCACAAUCGCAGACAUGGUCGAACCAGCUCAAAGAGGGACUGCAAUGGGUAUAUGGAUGUGUGGACUCACCGUAGGACCCGUUAUCGGUCCUACCAUCGGAGGCUUCACCAGUGCCUAUCUUGGCUGGCGGUGGACCUUUUGGAUCCUUACCAUCAUAGCCGGGGUGAUAUGUGCUCUCAACGUCACUGUGAUGAGGGAAACUUUUGCACCUGUCCUACUUGCACGAAGAGUCAAGAAGCUUCGAAAGGAGACUGGGAAUAUGAGACUGAGGUCCAAUCUGGAAAAAGUCGAAUCAACGAAGAAUAUUCUUCGCUUGUCCAUUGUUCGACCCAUGAAAAUGCUAUUCACGUCUGUCAUCGUGUUUAUGCUUUGCGUGUAUGUGGCUCUUAUAUACACGAUUAUGUUUAUACUUUUUACUACCUUCACCACCGUUUUUGAGGGCCAGUAUAACAUAUCGACAUCAGUUUCUGGGCUUGUAUACUUGGGUUGGGGCAUUGGCUCUGUUAUUGGUCAAAUUGUGUACACGACCGUGUCGAACCGCUUCGUCGCGAGACGACUUGAGAAGGGCAAGUUCAAGCCCGAACACAGGCUACCUAUAAUGGUACCAGGCGGUUUAUUCUUGCCAAUUGGUCUCAUUUGGUAUGGAUGGUCUGCACAGGCUCAAGUAUUUUGGAUUGUUCCUAUAAUAGGCACUGCAGUUGCUGCCAUAGGGCUAACCAUAGUAUUCGUGGCACCCCUGGCAUACCUUAUCGACGUUUUCACAAUAUACGCAGCAUCAGCAAUCGCAGCAAAUGUCAUACUUCGAUCUCUCUGUGCUGCUAUCAUCCCCCUCUGUGGUCAGAGUUUGUAUAAUCACCUGGGGCUGGGCUGGGGAAAUUCAUUUUUAGGGUUUAUUUCACUGGGAUGUGUACCAAUACCCCUAUUCUUCUAUUACUAUGGCGAAAAGCUUCGGCUAAAGUAUUCUGUCAAUCUAUGAAAUAGAGUACCACCUUGAAAUCUAAGGUAGCUCUGACCAUAGUUGACGUCGGUACGGCGUGGCUGAUAUAGAGCCAAGGCCACGUUAAUUUUCUAACCGAGAGUCGAUGUUCCAUCCUAGUCUGAUGAUGUAUUUGAUCCUCUUUGUAUUUCACUAUAACUAGACUGUGAGAAGUCCUAGCGUGUAAACCCCC